GCGAUUCGGAGUUUAGGCGACGGGGCGUGGCGGGGCCGGAAGGUGGCGGGAGGGGGCCGGGCCGGAGCCUGCGGGAGGGCCAGGCCCGGUGGCCCCCACCCUGGCGUGCCCGCCCCAGCCACGGCUAAGGAGGAAGCGGAGGAUGGUCUCCAGAUACACUCGGAAGGCGGUGCCACAGAGUUUGGAGCUGGCAGGGGAAAGAAAAUUUUCUUCAGAAUUCACUCCUUCCAGCCUUGCUGGACGCUGCCGCCUCUAUCUCCAUCUCUAGCUGAGGGCAUGUCACCUUGUUAUCCCAGGACUUGGCCCUGUUGGGCUCCACUUCCUGAACGGAGGGACUGGGUCUUCUCGGGCAUUUAUAGUUUCCCCAGUGCUUCAUGCCCCAUUGUCGAAGGCUAUUGAAGACUCCAGAAGGAAAGGAAUAACGAAAUAUGCUCUUAAUCAUCAUCCCCUUCCAGAGCAGCUGGAUGAAGUUUCCUCUACCAAUGACAGCCAUGGAAAAGACACAUGUUCCCAAAGGAACUUGAUCAAAAUGCCACUGAAAAAGUCCAGGCAAUGUUCACAGCCAUUGACGAGCUCUUGUAUGAGCAGAAGUUGAGUGUACAUACUAAGAGUCUACAAGAAGAGUGCCAACAGUGGACAUGUAGUUUUCCUCAUCUCAGGAUUCUGGGUAGGCAGAUAAUCACUCCAAGUGAAGGUUACGGACUGUAUCCUAGAUCCCCUUCUGCUGUUUCAGCUUCACAUGAGGCAACACUGUCUCAAGAAAGACAUUCUCCUAUAUUUGGUAUUAGGGGAAAGAAGUUACAUCUUUCAUCUUCUUAUGCUCAUAAAGCAUCUUCCAUUGCCAAAUCACCUAGCUUGUGUUCUAUGGAAAGAGAAGAGAGAGACUGUGUAAUCUUCUCUGAAGGAAUAAUAGAGGAAUACUUAGCAUUCGACCACACAGAUAUGGAAGAGGAGCUUCAUGGAAAGAAAUCAGAAGCAGCUACAGAGAAACAGAAAUUAGGGUACCCUCCCAUUGCUCCAUUUUACUGCAUGAAAGAAGAUGUCCUUGCUUAUGUGUUUGACGAUGUGUGGAGCAAGGUUCUGAGUUGUAUGGAGCAGUUGACGCGUAGUCACUGGGAGGGAUUUGCUUCUGAUGAUGAGAGUAAUGUUGCAAUCACCAGACCAGCUUCAGAAAGCCCCUGUGUGCUGAGUGAACCACAACCUUUGGUCUUACCUCGAGUGCCACAGUCUAAGGUGCUGUCCAUCACCUCUAAUCCGAUGAGUCUCUGUCAAGCAGCAAGUGGUCAUCAGCCAAAUGUGAAUGGUCUCUUGGUUCAUGGGAUGCCUCUACAGCCAAGAAAUCUCUCCCUAAUGGACAAGCUCCUAGAUCUUGAUGACAAGCUACUAAUGAGGCCUGGGUCCAGUACCAUCCUUUCAACCCGAAAUUGGCCAAAUCGAGCCCUGGAGCUUAGUACAUCAUCUCUGUCAUAUACAGUGCAGUCCGCCAGGAGACGCAACCCCCCACCACGUACCCUUCAUCCCAUAAGCACAAGCCAUUCACGUGCUGGAACGCCAAGACCUGUGGAAGAAAUCCUCAGAGGAUCCCGAGUCCCCUUGGCAGCCGAAUCGCUCUCCUCUCCCUCACCAAUGCCUCUGAGUCGAAAUAAUCUGCUGCCACCUAUUGGCACAGCUGAAGUGGAACACUUGAGCAUUGUGGGGCCACAAAGGCAAAUGAAAACCCAUGGUGAUUCCAGUCGAGCUCGAAGCGCAGUGGUGGAUGAGCCUAACCAUCAGCAGCCCCAGGAGAGGCUCCUUUUACCUGACUUUUUCUCCAGGCCCAACACAACUCAGUCAUUUUUGCCGGAUACACAGUAUCGUCGUUCAUGUGCUGUUGAAUAUCCUCAUCAGGCCCGACCUAGCAGGGGAUCUGCAGGGACAGGUCCUCAGUUACAUGGGUCUACAAAAUCUCAAAACAGAGGUGGACCAGUCUCUAGAACCAGGCAGGGACCAGAAGGCAAAUGAGAAGAACCUGCUUCAGGCUCCUGGAAACACAUGGGAAGAUUUCGUGAAUCAGUGUUCAGUUAUCUCAUGAUGCAGAGCGUGUACACAAGAGACAACUUGAAACCAUCUUCCUGAAGAGUUAUUUUAGUUCAACUGAGAAAAAAAACAGAAUAUCUGCCAAAGAUUACAUGAGUACUGUUUGUAUCUCCAGUUAUUGUCGUCUUUCAGCAUAAGUUAACCUUGUUCCACUGGACAGUAAAGCUUGUACCCAAAGAUGUAACAAAUGAAUAAUUACCCCCAAACCAUUGCUCAUGUUGUCUGUUAACAACGAUCAGAUCAAUUAUUAUAGGAUCUAUGAGACUAGACAUACACAAAAAACAGCAAUUAAUAGCAUUAAGUCACCACUGGCUUUGGAA